CGGCAAGCGAAAUCGCGCUUUUCUUGUUUGUGAGGAUCUAUUGGCCUUAUAGAUCCUUCGAAUAAGAGUGGUGUAAUGAUUUCAGCGAAUUUGUGCACUUGAAAUUUUUGCCCUUGCCCCAUCACGAGGAUUGUUAUUUGUGCUGCUGGAUGAUUGUGCUCUCUAUGAUGUUUCUGCUGGUCGAUGAGAAUCCUAGCUGAAAUUAUGGAUGUUUUUAUGCUUUUCAGGAAUCAUAGAUCGCGCGAAACCUUGCCAUGUUGUGAUGACUGACUGUGUGAAGAUCAGCCGCGGAAAAUAUGCCAAGGGAUUUCCCUUUUUCAUCUGCGACCUCGAAACAAUUUGUGCCCCUUUUGGCGAUGAUGACGCAGGGAACAAAUUGUGGGCCAAUCUUGGCGUUGAAAUGGUUACCCGCCGAGGAUUGUCGGAAGCUCCUUUUGAAGACACGCUGGCCUACCGUAAAAGAGGCGAUCGUAUUGACGUUAGCAGCCAACAUCGCAAUUUUGCAAUCCUCGCGCGUGUUCCGGAAGAGGACGUCGAAUUUCCGGCCUUCAUCCCACGGAUACGACAUGUUCCGGAAAAUUCGAACCAUAUCGAGAUAAUAGUCCUGGAACUUUUCUCGAGGACCUUGCCUACGAGAGUUCAAUAGGCGUUCAUAUUGGAAGUCGAUGUCUACAGCUUUCAAGAUUCCCCGUAGGGUGCGUUCGCGUUUAGAACGGGAAUCCUCAGGCGCAAAGGCCUUGCGUAUGCGUAACUCAUGGCUGAGUUCUUCCUCUGAAAGGUGAGCAGUGUUUAGCGAAGCAUACAAAGUUUUUAGAUGAGUAAGAUCCAUUGUACAGCUUAGGAAAUUAAAAUGAAAUACUAUUUGAAACAAACUUUAAAAUGGCCAGAUAACGAACAAACAAUUUAAAAAUUAUACUAUAAGGAACCUAAAAAUAUUAAAAAACAAAAGACAGUCUAUAUCACAGUUGAAAA